AUGCAUGGUGCAGUUCUUCCUGUUCGCGCAGAUCUACCUAUUCGCGCGGCUCCUCCUGAUCUACGUGAUCGUGCAGAUCUACUUGUUUGUGCCUAUCUACUGUUCGUGCUGAUCUACCUGUUCGUGCGGAUAUAUUUGUUCGUACGGAUCGUCCUGUUUGUGCAGGGCUACCUUUUCGUACAGAGCUUCCUGUUCGUACCAGUCUAUUUGUUCACGCAGAUCUACCUGGUCGACUUGUUCGUGCAGAUCUACCGGUUCGUGCAGAUAUACCCUUUCCAGCGGACCCGCUCGGUCGUGCAAAUAUACCUUCUCCCUGUGUUUCUCGACCUGCAGGGCCUGCUGGACCAGAUGACUGCCGUGGUCGAGGAGUCGUUUCGCGCGCAUCUUCCUCCCGACGGCGGGGCGUCUCUUGGCAUCUUCUGGCGCCUGGUGAUGAGGCCGUUCGUGCAGAUAUACCUUGUGCAGGAUUUCGCGCCGAUGCCUUACUUUGAACGACGCUGA